ACAAUUUCUCCCUACUUUCCCUUUAUAAUAUUAAUGCUUUGCAAAUGUCUUUAAUUCAUCAAGGCAUGCUCUAAAAUAACUUCCAAGAAAAUGGCGGAAGAGUCCCGAGAGACUCUGGAGUAUACACCAACAUGGGUGGUUGCCGUUGUCUGCUUCAUCAUCGUUCUCAUUUCCCUUGUUGCUGAACGUGGCCUUCAUCAUCUUGGAAAGUUUUUCCGGGAUAAGAAGCAAGAUGCCCUAUUCGAGGCCCUCCAGAAAUUAAAAGAAGAAUUGAUGCUUUUGGGAUUUAUUUCCUUACUAUUGACGGUGUUCCAAACGUCAAUAAGCAAAAUAUGCAUUCCUGAAAAUAUUUCAUUAAUAAUGCUUCCAUGCAAGCUGAAUGAAUCUGCUACUUCUAAUCAUCUCACUAUAACGACUGGGAGACACCUUUUAUCUGGAGCUAGCGGUGCAGACCAUUGUAGCCGUCAUGAGGGAAAAGCUCCACUCUUAUCCUUAGAGGCAUUGCAUCAACUGCACAUUUUCAUAUUUGUCUUGGCAAUCACACAUGUGAUCUUCUGCGCCACCACCAUGGUUCUUGGAGGGGCUAAGAUACAAGAGUGGCGACAUUGGGAACACUCGAUUCAAAGGGAAUCAAGACCACAUCAUGUGCAUGUUCUCCAUCUUCAAUCGUUCAUGGAUAGAGCUGGUAGACGUUGGAGGAAGUACGCUCUCAUUAGUUGGACGGUGGCGUUUUUCAAACAAUUUUAUGGUUCAGUAACCAAGUCAGACUACGUUGUCUUGCGGACAGGAUUUAUCAGGGAACAUUGUCCAGCCAAUUCUAAGUUUAAUUUUCACAAAUAUAUGUUGCGGACACUGGCGCAUGAUUACAAAAAGAUUGUCGGAAUCAGUUGGUACUUGUGGCUUUUUGUCGUUCUCUUUCUGCUAAUCAACAUUGCAGGAUGGCACUCUUACUUUUGGUUGUCAUUUUUGCCUCUAGUUCUAUUACUACUAGUGGGAACAAAAUUGGAACACAUAAUAACAGAAUUGGCUCAAGAGGUUGAUGAGAGGUCGUCAGUAGUAGAUGAAACCACACCAGUUAGACCUUCUGAUGAGUUGUUUUGGUUUCACAGUCCAGCUCUUGUCCUUUACCUCAUUCACUUCAUUUUGUUCCAAAACUCCUUUGAGAUUGCUUUCUUCGUCUGGAUUUGGUGUACUUAUGGAUUCAAAUCAUGCAUCAUGGAAGAAGUGGGUCUCAUUAUUCCGAAAGUAGUUAUUGGGGUGAUUGUUCAAGUUCUUUGCAGUUACAGUACUUUGCCCUUAUAUGCUCUCGUCACACAGAUGGGAAGCAGAUUUAAGAAAGGAAUAUUUGAUCAGCAAACAGAAAAGCGUAUCAGGGACUGGAUAUCAGGUGAUGGAGCUGGUUCAUCAACCCAAAGUAGAAUGGUCACGGGAACACUAGAAAGUAUCUAUGUUUCUACGAGACCACCUGCAUUCAAUGAAAUUGAAAACAUUCCAUCAUCUGUCGAGCUUUCUUAUCCAAACAAGCCUCAAAAUACUCCUUAAUUGUACUGUUAUUGGUUUUUCUGAGUGAAAAGAAUAAGGAUGAACAAUACAUUAUUUUUUCAAGAGUAAACAUGUUUUUCAGAUGUUCAUGCUAUUUUUCCCCAAUCAAAUUUUGUCUUCAUUUUCCAGGAUCAA